AUGCGCUACCAGAUUUCUCCGAGGCAUUUCAAGUGGAGUGAUGCAUCUAAUGUUGGCAUAGGUGCUGUCCUUAUGCAAGAAGGGUGGCCAAUUGCUUAUUUUAGUGAGAAACUCAGUGAUGCAAAGCUGAAGUAUUCUACUUAUAUCAAAGAGUUAUAUGGGCAAAGGAAACUAAAUUCAAGACAUGCUGGUUGCGUAUCUUAUUUGGAGAAAUUCUCUUUUGUUCUUCAACACAAAUCAGGUGUGCCCAACAAAGUAGCUGACGCAUUAAGUCGGAAACACAGCCUAUUGACUACUCUUUCUUGUGAAAUCACUGGCUUUGAUCUUUCGCAUGAGAAUUAUGCUAGUGAUCCUAUCUUUUCCAAAGUGUUGACUGAUUUGGAAAAUGCAAAAGGAAGAGACUACACGCUGAUGAAUGGCUAUCUUUUUAAAGGAAAUCAACUAUGCCUACUUGAAGGUUCACUAAGGCAGUUAGUUAUGCAGGAGUUACAUAGUGGAGAACCAAGCUACAAGAAGUGA